AUGACGACCGGCAGCGUCAACGACAGCAACAACUUGCUGCAACACAACUCCACCACCGCUGACCAGAACCACAAACCAGAUGUCACAGAGUAUGAUAUGCACCACGACGACUAUGACCGCGACACGGCGCUGCGUAGGCUGCGGACCGCAGGGAGCCUGACCAUUACGCCAGAGCUUUUUGAGAAGAUAUACCUCUCACCCAAGAACCGGGUGUCGAACAAUAUCCGUUCGACAGUUGGGAAUCCAACGCCACUAGCUCUGUGUGGCUUCUUACUCUCCCUCAGCCCCCUUUGCAACAUCCUCCUUGGAUGGAGGGGGUCAGGCGGCUCCGGUGCUGCUGAAGUUGGCGUAUACUAUUUCUUCGGAGGCAUGUUGAUGAUCAUUGGCUCGGUCCUCGAAUUCAUCCUGGGCAACACAUUUCCCUUUGUGGUGUUUGGAUCCUUUGGCGCCUUCUGGCUCGGCUGGGCCGCGACAUUGACGCCCUUCUACCACGCCUCGAUCGCUUACGACCCAAGCCACCCGGCCACGAGCAGCAUGAACCCGACGUUUGCGAACACAUUCGCCUUCUUCAUGAUAUAUAUGGGCGUACUCUGCUUCAUCUACUUGAUCUGCUCUCUGAGGACCAACAUCUGCUUCGUCCUCAUCUUCCUCUCGCUCGUCCCGGCAUUUGGGCUGAUGGCCGCUGUAUACUGGGAGCUAGCCGAAGGUAAUGCAGCCGUGUCUUUGAAGUGUCAGCAUGCGGCCGGCGGCUUGCUCUUCGCCGUCUGCCUUCUGGGUUGGUACCUCCUGACGGCGCAGCUGCUGGCCGCCGUGGAUUUUCCGCUGAAUAUCCCUGUGGGCGACCUCAGCCACCUGGUCAAAGGUGCCAGUGAGCUAGCUGCUCGAAAGGAGGAGAUGAAGCAAUCGAGUGAGUAG